AUGAAGAAGAGCAUCUCCCUCAAGGAGUUCUCCACGACACCGACUGUUUCAUACAUGCUAAGUAAAGAUGGUCAUAACAUCGCGGGGGCCCUUGACUGCAACAACGGCAACAACAAUGCUCCGCGCCCUGCUGUUUCUCAGGCGGUGAAGGAGGAGAAGAUGAGACCAGCGUCAAAUGACAGUAGGUCCGACGUUAUGUUUGACAUGGAGUAG